UUUUCGGGAUCUUCACGAUCUGGUUCUCAACCAUGCUUCCAAGGGUGAUGGGUAUGGUUGGUGGACCAUUGUCAACAAGAAGUCCCGAAAGAGGGGGGAUCCGAACUACAUCACGGCGUACCCCUACCUUAGCUCUGACCACAAUUGGAAGACGGAGUGGUUGCUCGUCCGUGUGCCGACGGAUCCGAAGCAUCCCAACUUUUAUCGUCCUCCGAAGUGGUUCGUGGCUCCUGAUCCUGAUAUGAGGGGUGUGGCAGCUCCAGAUCGGAACCAUCGCCACUAUGUGGACCUCCUCCAGUGGUUCUUGGCUCAAGAGGAUAACCAUCGACUGCCGUCUAGCUGGCUCCCGAAUCUCAAUUACAUUUUGAGGGAGGACAUUCUUGCUGUUGCCGGUCUCAGCAGGAUUUUUGACAGGGGUAGGUGUCUUUCGGCUGAGACCGUUUUUUCAGUGAGUUUGUCCUCUUUCCUGUUUCGUUUUGCUGACAUGUUUUGUGCUUUGUUUUUGCAGAGUACGGCUUUAGCUGCAUUGAUCCUAAGAAGUUGGGCAUUUCUUUGGAUUUGAAGACUAUUCACGACCCGGCUCCCGAGUACAAGUUCGGAAAAGAUAACCCUCGUAAUCCUCGUCUGAAGGAUUACGUGUUGUCUCCUUCGGGGGUUGCUCGGAUAUCCGAAGUUCGAGCUGAUCCGUGGGAUUCCGCCUCUUCUGUUGAAGCUGUUCCUGUGAAGGUUGUGCUUCCUGAGUUGAAGACAACUUCGGACCCGGUGAGUGUUCAUUUAUAAGCUCGAUUUUCUGUUUAUCUUUUUCUUUUCGGUUGGCCGUCGGCUAACGUCUUGGUCCUGGACCAUCUUUUUAGGGUCCUGGGACUGACGCUGUGCCGCGUGCCGUUCCUUCGGUUUCAUCUCCGGCUCGGAUAGAUAUCACUUUAUCUAGGAACCGGGUAUUUCCCGCUUUUUUCUCUAUUUCUUCCUUUUUCUUCUUUUAUAUUCGUUGACCCUUGGUCUCCCCUUUUUAGGAUCAACGCAAAAGGAAGGGUAGCACUCUUUUGAGGCCGUCCACGCAUCCGAAGAAAGCGAAGGCUUCUCAGCCCUCGGAGAAGGAAGCGGUUUCGGAAGUCAUGCCUCCUCCUAAGAAUCUUCUUCACUUCAUGCCCUUGCCAGGGCAGAAGUUAAAGAGUGUGGUGGUUGCUGAACCGCCGCCCGUGGAUCAGCCGCUGAUCGAGGAAGAUAUCAUCCCUUCUCCCCUUAAACCAUCUGCUGCUUUGGGGAUCGAAAUCCAGGAUAUCACCGAGGUGAUGGAGGCGAUUGAAGCCGAUUUUGUUCCUGGUUCGGAUGUCCCUGAGGUAGCUGGGGAGAAGAAGGAGUCUGCUGAUCUUCCCUUCGAGAGGGAGAAGAGUCCAGACAAGGAGAUGAUAGAUCUCUCGGGCCCCGAAGCUGCGGUCCCCGAGGUUCAGAAGGAGGUUCCCUCUGCUGGAGAGGAGGAGCAGCCCGAGCAAGGUUUGACGAGGAAGAGGCGCCACUCAACUUUGGGUUCUACUUCUACCUCGGCCCUGGAUAGGCUGAUCCAUGCUGAUCCCUGUUCGGAUGUUCCGCUAAAACGGAUCCCCGAAGAAGUAAGGGAGGCGAUGGCUCGAUAUGCCAGGGCUCCGAUUUUGGGAGAGGACCCCUUGGCUCACGUGGGAUCCUUGGUGGGCCCCGAGGCUGCUCGGGAGAAUCUGCUUCGUGCUAACCCGCAGUGGAGGGUUCCUGGUGCCGAAGAGAGGAAUCCGGCUAUGAUGGCCCAGUACUAUCUGAACGAGGCUGUUUUCUGGUCUUCGUUCGCUUCCGAGUGUAGCUCGGUUGAGGAGAAACAACUGAGGAAAUAUCGUGAGGCUUAUGCUCGUGAUAUUCCCAUUUUGGACCAGAAGGCUGGGCAACUCCUCUCCGAGCUUACGGAACUCAAGCAGCUGUACCUUCACUAUAGUCGCGAGGCUAGAGAGUCUGCUGAGAAGAUCGGGACCGAGGUUGGCCAGCUCAUCUUCCGAGUUGAAGAGGAUGCUGAGAAGAUCGCUUCCUUUGCUGAGGAAAAGAAGGAUAUGGCCGCUAAGUUCGCUAGCGAACUUGAGGAAAAAGAUAGACUCUUCCAGGAGAUGAAGUCUAAAUUUGAAGCGGCCGACAAGGAGCAUAAAGAGGCGGAGUUAAGGCUCCACCAUUUUGUCCAGCAUCGGGAGCUGAUCCAGCAGCAAGCUGAUAAGGUGCCUGUCCUUCGACUGAAGCUUCGGGAAAAGGAUGACUAUAUUCGGAAGCUGGAGCAGGAGCGAGUCAACCUCUACACUGCUGAUCAGUGUAGAGAGCAGUACUGGAACGGCAUCCUGGGUGCUCGGCGCAUGUUUGCGAAGCACAUGCCUCACUUCCCUUGGAACGAGAAAGUUCCUCUAUGGAUGCAGGCCGAGGACCACUUGGUGGAAUGCCAAGCUGAUCGAGAUGAAGCUGAAGCUGAACGCCAAGCUGCUCUUGCAGAGGCUCGGGCCCAGAAGGCAACUUCCGAAGGUGAUACCACUGCUGGGGGUUCUUCGAAGGAUGCUCCCCUAGGGGCCGCUCCUGAGACUCCCAAGAGUUAGGGAUUCGGGCAGUCGUCUUCUUCAGAGUCGGUCGGUUCCAGUUGAGGACUUCCGAAUAUGUGCUUGCUUUUCCCCCUUUUGCCUCGGCGCU